AGUGAUCCGACACUGAGCUGUGUGAAGGCUUCCUUCAACAUGCAUAUCUCUCCAGCAUGGUAUCAAUUUCUGGUGGGCGUUUUCGCCUCACUAGGUUCAUUCUUGUAUGGAUACGACCUUGGCGUUAUUGCUGAAGUCAUCGCGUCUGGAUCGUUCAUAUCCAGGUUCCACAUUAAUGAUACCCAAUCCGGACUGGUGGUCUCCAUGUUUACCGCUGGCGCUUUCUGUGGUGCAGCAUUCGGAGGACCCUGUGGUGAUUGGCUAGGCCGACGCUGGACCAUCACCGUCGGCUGUAUUGUCUUCUGCCUUGGAGGGGGUCUUCAGACCGGAGCACGAACCAUUUCCUACCUGUACAGCGGAAGAUUCAUCGCUGGUCUGGGAGUUGGCUUUCUCACCAUGGUCAUCCCCCUCUAUCAGGCGGAAAUCUGCCACCCUAAUAUUCGAGGCCGCGUCACGGCUUUGCAACAAUUCAUGCUAGGCGUCGGCUCUCUAUGUGCUGCCUGGAUCUCAUAUGGUACCUAUAUUGGCUUCUCUAGCACCAAUGACGCCCAAUGGCAGCUGCCUCUAGGGUUGCAGAUUGCGCCGGCUGUGUUCCUGGGUUUUCUGAUCAUGCUUUUCCCUGAGUCACCACGGUGGCUCAUUGACCACGGUCAUCACGAACGAGGCUUGAAGACCUUGGCCGAGCUUCACGCCCACGGCGAUGAGAAUGAUCCCUGGGUUCAGGCUGAAUACAAUCAGAUCCAGGAAAGCAUCGUACACGAGCAUGAGCAGGAAGCCAAAUCCUACAAGGAACUUUUCACCUCGCGUUCAUCCUUCCGUCGUCUGUUUCUGUGUUGCGCAUUGCAGGCAUCCGUGCAAAUGACGGGCGUAUCUGCGAUUCAAUACUACUCCGUAACCAUCUAUGCCCAAAUCGGCAUCAGUGGCGACGAAACUCUGCGCUACCAAGCCAUCAACUCCAUUAUUGCCCUGAUAGCGCAGUUCCUCUGCAUUCUCUUCAUCGAUCGGUUCGGUCGCCGCUGGAGUUUGAUCUACGGCAACCUCGGCAACAUGGUUACUUUCAUUAUCGCCUGCAUCCUGUUGGCACAGUUCCCUCCAGAGAGCAACAACACCGGAGCCCACUGGGGCUUUAUCAUCAUGACUUGGUUGUAUAAUUUCUCGUUCUCCUGCACCUGCGGUCCCCUCUCUUGGAUCAUCCCAGCAGAGGUGUUUGACACUCGAACCCGUUCGAAGGGUGUUUCACUGGCCACUAUGACUUCGUAUGCAUUCAACACGAUGAUUGGGCAGGUGACGCCCAUUGCCAUGGAGAGAGUGCGCUAUCGGUAUUAUUUCCUGUUCAUCAUCUGCAACUUCACCAACGCGGUGUUCUUCUGGCUGUUGCUGCCUGAGACAAAGAAGUUGCCAUUGGAGGAGAUGAAUUAUCUGUUUUCGAACUCCCCGUGGAUUGUGGCGGGACGUCGCAAGGAGGAUUUUGUCCCUCAUGAUUUGGAACGGAGAGUUGAGGAGCAGCAGGAGAAGCGGGAGGCGUUUGCAACCCAUAAUGAGGUGAGCUGAAUCUGAUGAAUGUGGAAUGACAUUAGCCACUGGGUGGGUUCUACGGAGAUAACUUCUCAUUGCGAUGAAUCGAUUGUAUUGGCAGUAGCUGUCCCAUUUAGCUCUAAA